UACAAUCUCUUGGGACUGUGAUGAGGGGAUCAUCCUGCCCUCAAACCAGACCCAGCCCUGUAGCCCAGGCACUGUUGCCUGGAGUUCCUGGGCUCUCAGCAGCAGGAAAUCAUGAGGUUCAAUGUCUCAGGCAUGAGGACCGACUACCCCAGAAGUGUGCUGGCUCCUGCUUGUGUGUUAGUCUUUCUCCUCCUCUGGUGUCCAAGGGAAGUCAUCGCUCCUGCUGGCUCAGAGCCAUGGCUGUGCCAGCCGGCACCCAGGUGUGGAGACAAGAUCUACAACCCUUUGGAGCAGUGCUGUUACGAUGAUGCCAUCGUGUCCCUGAGCCAGACCCGCCAAUGUGGUCCCCACUGCCGCUUCUGGCCCUGCUUUGAGCUCUGCUGUCCUGAGUCCUUUGGCCUCACAAACCAUUUUGUUGUGAAGCUGAAGGUUCAGGGUGUGAAUUCCCAGUGCGACUCAUCUCCUAUCUCCCGUGAAUGUGAAAGGUAG